AUGUCGAUGAAGACACCCCAAGGGAUGAAGAAAGGUGUGCUCACAAACGUGUGGCACAUCCCAAAGUUAUCCAGAAACCUGUUCUCGGUCGGCCGCUUCAUCAAGGAUGUCGGCCCAGUGACGUUCACGAAGGAUGGGUGCUAUGGAGAAGCGAAAGGGACCAAGUGGAAAAUUGGUGCCCGUGAAGGUAAAGGACUGUUCAAGCUGCAAAUGACUCCAGUGGCGCCGGAACAAGCAAAUGCAGCCAAGUCGUCGGGAUGUCAAGGGGGCACCAAGUCGUACCUCUGGCACCUUCGGCUUGGCCACAUAGGUCACGAUGGACUCAAUUGCAUCGUGACGAAGAACAUUGGAAUUGGCAUCGACAUAUCUUCGGUGAAGAAGUGGGACGUGUGUGAAGGUUGUGCUCUGGGAAAACAGACUCGAGUGCGCUUCCAAUCAAACACUACAGCUCGCACCUCCAAACUCCUCGAAGUGAUUCACAGCGACGUAUGCGGACCGAUGUCGAUGGCAACUCUCAGUGGAAAACGGUACUUCGUGACAUUCAUUGAUGACAAGUCAAGAUACUGUGUCGUCUAUCUGCUCAAGAGCAAAUCUGAAGUUGCGGCGAAGUUCAUGGAAUACGCUGCGAUGGCCGAAACGCAAACCGGAAAGCGCGUGAAGUACCUUCAAAGCGACAAUGGGGGUGAAUACAAGUCCGACAAGCUGGCACGAUUCUGCGCGGAACGGGGAAUACAACAAAGGUUCACACCCCCCAUAUACUCCUCAGCUAAACGGAGUAGCUGA